CUUCCCCCAUUGUACUAUAUACAUAUUUUUAAGUUGUAACAUAGUUGUCAUAAUAACACUGAUUGAAUCUCAGAGUUCACAUGCGCUAAGAGUCGGAAGUGUAUACAACGUUGGAAAGUAAUGGAUGGUAAAUACGACUGCGCUACCAUGCUUAUUCCCGAUGACACUAGCGAUGAAGAUGCCUCAUUACCUGCAUGCGCCAACACCGAAAUACGUUGCGGAUUUGAUGGAAAUUCCACUAAAUGUAUUCCUCGUGAAUGGGUAAUGGAUGGGGUGGAUGAUUGUUACCAAGGAACCGACGAGCAGUCGGCGCUGGUUUGCGACCAAAGGAAGGAGUUUCGGUGCCCUGGGAACGGUCGGUGUGUCGCGAGGUACAGAGUAAAUGAUGGUUAUGAAGACUGUGAUGAUGGUUCGGAUGAAGAGACAAACAUGAUUUGUUUGGAUACCGAGUUUGAUUGCUUAGGAAUUAACCAACCACCUUUAAGUCCUGAGAGACGGUGUAUUCCAAAAACGUGGCAGCUAAACGAUAGAACGGAUUGCACUGACGGUAGCGAUGAAUCGACUGUCCCGUUAAACGGUUCUUGUCCAGAUGGAAGUUUUCAAUGUAAGGUUUCGUUAAGGUGUAUUCCAGUGUCUUAUUUAUGUGACGGCCUUAACCACUGUGGUGACUGUACUGAUGAGAUUGAAGAAUGCGAAGAACCGGUGAUGUUUCGUUGCCCGAACGAUACCUUACAUAGGACUUGCCUGCAUUGGUCUUAUGCGUGUGAUCCAUACGCCGACUGCCCCAAUGUGGAAGACGACAUAUUCACAGUUGGGCCCGGGUUCAAAUGCCAGAAGGGAUAUUUUGGCUUAUCUAAUAUGCAGAAGUAUUGCAUCAUUCCGCAAUGGAGUCUGAAAGAUUCUUAUUUCUCGUGUGAUGACCGUUCGGAUCUUUGCUACCAAAACGACACUUUCCAAUGCAGUCUAUGCAUGGAUGGGACUACAGUAAUCGCACCGAGACAGAUUUGUGACGGAAUCUUUGAUUGCUCCGACUUGUCAGAUGAAUGCCUAUGCGUGACGUCAUCUUUUGGGGCUGCUGAUUUGUGCAGCAGUGUUUGUUAUGGGGAUCAAAGCACUUCUUGCUCGCAAUGCAGGACAGGAGAGUUCUUAUGCGAUGACGUGUGCUUACCAUCUAGUAAAGUAUGCGACGGGGUUGUUGAUUGUCAUCUAUCUUUAAUGGAUGAGCGCUGGUGUACUAAAGAGUCAGGUGCCUUUAUACCAGCACGUACAAAAGACUUUGUGUGCCAACCUGUGCCAGAUAUAUUUCAAAGAGUUUUAGAAAAUGGGAAUUUUGAUUACCUGGCCAACAAGAGCUUUCCUAUAAUGGCAAAGAGUUGUGACGGGAUUACGGAAUGUAGAAAUAUGGAGGACGAAUGCAGUGAAAGAGCGAACUGCACAAACAAACCGACAGUCUGCACUGAAAUACCAUUAGUUCGGCAAAAAAUCCCGACCGGUGUUGUGCCCAAUGUGACAAAGACUGUGUAUUUAGAAAUUCGACGUUGCAGUGGUUCUUUCAAUUUUGUUUUUGGUUUCUCGGUUUGCAACGGAAUAAGUGAAUGUCAAAACGGGGAAGACGAGCGAAAUUGCUCAGGACGUUUCGAAUGCGAUGCUGGUCACCGCGUUUGGUUAACAGGUUCGAAAAAGGUGGUAAGUAUCGACAACAAGCAAAAAUGCGACGCGGUCUUCCCUCCGGAGUGCCUUGACUAUUCAGACGAAGUAAACUGCAGUGAAUCCACACACUUUUACUGCGAAAGCGGAACUCCUUUCUUUGUUCGUCGAGACCAAGUGACAGACGGCAAUAGAGAUUGUGCAGACGCAUCUGACGAGUGCCCACCUAAUGUGUUCCAAGCCAGCGAUAUAUCGUCACGAGAGGAGCUUAUUAAAUCCCCCUUCCUUAGAGCAAUGAUCUGGUUCAUGGCGUGCGUAGCCAUCAACGGUAACGCUCUGGUCUUCUUUUUUUCACUGAAAUCUCUCUGGGAAAACUCGAAAAAGGCGAAAGUUUUACAAGCGCCAAGGGUAGCUGUGAUUAACAAGCUUUUAAUUCUAAAUCUUUCUAUCGCCGAUUUUCUCAUGGGCGUUGCUUUGUUAAUUAUCGCAAUCAAGUCAGCUCAAUUUUCGGGUCAAUAUUGCUGGAGAGAUCUGUUAUGGCGAAGCAGUACAACCUGCGACGUCAUUGGAGUUCUGUCCGUGCUCUCGUGUGAAGCGUCGGUUCUCUCGCUUGUAUGUUUAACUUCAUAUCGUUUAUACACAAUCUAUUUCCCUUUAAAAUCGCGCACAGUUAGCACAAAGGUUGCAACUAUCUGGAUUAUUGGCAUUUGGGUUCUAUGUUUUGUUUUAGCUCUUCUUCCACUUUCUGACCACCUAUCCCGAUACAUGGUGACUACUAUAAGGAUCAAAACUACGCCCUACCUAAAGACUGAGAUGAUUCGGUUUGACCAACUGCUGGCGUUUACAAAAAGGAUCUCCGUCACGCAACGAAACGUUAGUGUCGAAGGCGUAUUCACUACGGGUUCGUGGUCAGUUCUGCAGCGGUUUCUUAACACCAACUUUCCUGGGCAUGCGCCUGAACCAGUUGGGUACUUCGGUUACUACAGCGCCAGUGCUGUGUGUCUGCCGAGGUAUUUCAAACUGACCACUGACCAAUUGGGAUUGAAUGAGAUUUCUGCCGUUAUCAUGAGCUUCAACUUCAUUACCUUGCUCUAUAUAAGUGCAGCAUACGCUGCGAUUUAUAAAAGAACAUCCUCCGGUGCCUUUUCAGCUAAUACAGCAAAUAGGCAACAAACAGAACAACGACAGAAGAACGCAAAGAACCUUCAACGAAAGAUAUCAAUUCUAAUUCUCACAGACUUUUCCUGUUGGCUUCCAGUUUGCCUUAUGACGUUUAUAAGCUACAGAGAAUCAGGUUUACCGAGUUUCGUGUACUCUGUUUCUGCAAUUAUUCUUUUGCCGAUAAACAGCUCUUUGAACCCAAUCAUAUACACUGACGCAGUACCAAAACUAUACCGAAUGCUAAAACAAAUCCGUGUGCAGGUCAGGGCAUGGUUGAAUUAAAACCAAUCCACAGCAAAAGCUCCCAACGAAACAACAACAUCAGUAUAACUUAAACUAUAUACGAUCGCCAUUCAAAAAAUAAGUUUUCCGGAUUCGGUGGUUUAUCAUUGCUCCAACUCAGUGGACACUAAUGAGUUGUCUAAAUUUGUCAGACACAGAAAAAAGUUACAUACGUGGUAACUUAUAAGCAGGCACGAGGUGUACGAAACAGAACACUCGUGUUAUAACGACUGUCGUCCCCCGACAUGCCAGGAUAAAUAACUGCUUCUAUUCCAUUUUGUUCCCAAAUGUUCGUAUUGUACCUAGCAAAAACUUAGAAACCAAAUUACUCUGUAUAAAUAUCAAAACGUUUAUUGGACCAGUAUUUGUGUCUCGCUUAAACGUUCGGUGUUCGUUGACAAACUGUGUUGAAUAUGUGUUUUAUUUGUUUAUAAAAACAUCACACCUUUUUGAGCACACUUUUGUUUCUAAUACGUUUAAAUUGGAUAUAAAUAAACACAAAUGGCUGGUUCGUUUGCUAGGUGUAGCAACUAUGCUUCGUGUUGUCGCUAUAUCCUGUCAUUAACUAUUCUUUAAUCUUCGCUACCGUAAUCAGAGAG